CUCCUCCUUGCAUAUUGGUCCUCAUGCAUCGGAACAUCUUCUUUUCCUCCAUCUUCUAACUGAUCAUAGAUACUGUGCAUACGGAUGGGUCAGCGCUGUGUUGAUGGUUCCGCUAUUGAUCCAGGAUGUCGCCGCCAGUGGAAGUGUCGAGGCGUCGAAGCAUUCCAUCCCUUGCGACACAUCCGUACCAGAUUACAAAUGCGUGAAGCAUAUCUUUGGAGACAUCUAUCUUGAUCCGGGGACGAUCUCGCUCUACAUCUCCAGUUUCUCGGCAGUUGUGUCCUUUAUUGUGUCGCUGUCUAUCGCGGCUGUGGCGGAUCAUGAAGCAUAUAGGAAAAGGUUGCUGGUUGUGUUCGCGAUCCUGGGAUGUAUAACGUCGGUUGCGUUUUUCCUUGUCCAGUCGGGACCUACGUUCUGGCUCACGAUACUACUAUCGCCUCUCGGCUGGGCUUGUUACAACGUCUCGUCCGUCUUCUCGAACGCGUUUCUGCCGAUCUAUGUCCGUGUCCACCCAAAGGUCCUCGAGGCCGCCGAGUGUGUGGAGGCGCACAAAAUAUUGCGGGCAAUGGACGAGAAAAACAAGGCGCUGGCUCAGAAUGCUGCAGCGGGCAACGUGAUCCUCGCUACGAACACCAAUAGUGACUAUCACAGUAAUCAACACAGUAAGAACAUUAGUCGGACCAGCAGUGGCAUCACGCAAAUAGGAAACGUCCUUGUGUCUCCAGAGGCAACCAACGCGUCUGAAUUUUUGAUGACGGAGCAGCGCAAGGUGGAGGAACAGGUCUCGAACGACCUGUCGGCUCGGUGUUCGGGUGCUGCGAAUGUGGGCGCGGUGAUUGUGCAGGGAAUCUGUAUCGGCAUCUCAGAGGGGAUGCAUGGUUCACUACUCAGUCUUCAGGUUGCUAUUGCUUUCACAGGAGUGUGGUGGCUCGGAUGGACGAUUGCGGUCAUGCCCUGGCUAGACGUUCGAGCGGGGCCGCCUCUUCCUAAAGGAAAGAACUGGAUCACAUACUCUUGGUCAAAAAAUUACAAGACAUUCAAGUCGAUGCGGCAGCUGUCACAGGUGACAAAGUUUAUCUUAGCCUGGUUCAUCCUUUCGGACGGCGUCAACACGGUAGCGGCGUUACUGUACGUGAUCACCUAUCAGGACCUCAAUUUCUCGCACACGAAAUCACUCAUUAUGACCAUCGUCAUCUCCGCCAUGGCGUUUGUGGGCGCUUACCUGUUUCUGUUUAUCCGACAAUUCUGGAGUCUGUCGACAAAAUUCAUGAUCCUCUUGACUUUGGGAUUGUACGGGAUCUUGACAGCCUAUUGUGUAAUCCCAUCGCAUUUCACCAUCGAACUUGGUCUCCGAUACGAGUGGGAGGCAUGGGCGGCAAUCAUGUACUUAGGCCUGAUCAUUAGUACGUUUUAUGGCGUUGCUCGCGUGAUGAUGGCAGAGCUGUGUCCGGAGGGUGACGAGAGUGAGUGGUUCAGCCUGUUCCAGCUCGCAGACAAGGGGUCUUCAUGGAUUGGACCAUUUGUAACGGGUGCUAUCCAAUCUGCCACGGGCGAGUUCAGGACAGGAUUCUGGUUCCCUUUGGCGCUGUUCGCCGCAGGUGGGGCAUUACUUUUGACGGUCGAUAUGGAUAGGGGAAAAGACGAAGCGAUUGCUUAUAAGGCGAGGCAGCGUGCUAAACAACAGCAAAUGGUCUCAAUACCCCCUCUUAUUAUCAUUACGGCAGCGGAAGACAUAAAUCGCCAGAACAGCUCAAGAGGCCCUGUAUGGUUGUAAAAUAACAUACAAGUAUAUAAUAUUUAAUGCAGUAAAAGUAAUAAGAACUAUUGUGUUAUGGG